GGAUAGCUUCACUUUCUUGACAAAUACGGAACCAAAUCCACGUAUAUCAAGCUGCUUGUAGCAUCACCACUUUAUUUGUUUUAUGUGGCGAAAACAAAGUUGUAUGCAAGUCCACGUUGACGAGACAUGCAGAACUAAGCAGCCGUACACGAGUUAGGUGGGGACAGGAGCAACCGUGACAGUAAGAAUACAAGAAGAGAAUUUCAAGCCCACAAUGCUAAAAGCUGUCAUCCUCAUCGGCGGGCCACAGAAAGGCACGCGGUUUCGCCCGCUGUCAUUCGAGGUUCCUAAACCGCUGUUUCCGGUCGCAGGAGUUCCCAUGUUGCAGCAUCACAUCGAGGCCUGCAGUAAGAUCCCAAACAUGAAGGAAGUCUUGCUAAUUGGAUUUUACCAGCCAAAUGAGGAACUCAAUCGUUUUAUAUCAUCAGUACAGCAAGACCUGAAAGUAUCAGUCAGAUACCUGCAGGAGUAUGCUGCUCUGGGCACAGGUGGAGGGAUCUACCACUUCAGAGAUCAGAUCCUGUCGGGCUCCCCGGAGGCGUUCUUCGUCAUGAAUGCAGACGUGUGCUCAGAGUUCCCCCUGCAGGACAUGCUGAAUUUCCAGAAGGAGCACGGAGACGCACACAGCUUCAUCAUCCUCGGAACCACAGCAAACAGAACGCAGUCCUUAAACUACGGCUGUAUUGUAGAGAACGAUCAAACCAGUGAGGUGUUGCACUACGUAGAGAAACCUGGAACAUUUGUGAGUGACGUCAUCAACUGUGGAAUAUACCUGUUCACGCCAGACAUCUUCGAGCACAUCGGAGCCGUGUUCCAGAAGAAUCAGAAGGAAUUGAUGUAUUCCUAUGACAGAACGUGCCGGGUUUGCAGAGACGAGCAGUCCAACGGCUGGCUCCGCGCCGAGGUGAUCCGUCUGGAGCAGGACAUCUUCACGACGCUGGCAGGCCAGGGCAAGCUGUAUGUCCACAAAACUGACCACUUCUGGAGCCAGAUCAAGUCAGCAGGAUCAGCCAUCUAUGCGAGUCGACUGUAUCUUAACCAGUACCAUAAGACCCAUCCUGAGAGACUGGCCACGCGCAGGGACGGGGGUGCCGAGAUAAGGGGAAACGUUUACAUCCAUCCGACGGCCAACAUAGAUCCCACUGCUGUGCUGGGUCCGAACGUGUCGAUAGGCACAGGUGUGACGAUCGGGGCAGGGGUCCGUGUGAGGGAGUCCAUCGUCCUCCACGGAGCCACGCUGCAGGAUCACAGCUGUGUGCUGAAUAGCAUCGUGGGUUGGGACAGUACUGUCGGUAAAUGGUCCAGAGUAGAAGGCACGCCCAGCGACCCCAACCCCAACGACCCGUAUGCCAAAAUUGACAGCGAAACCCUCUUCAGAGACGGCAAACUAACUCCAUCCAUAACUAUUCUAGGCUGCGACGUGACCAUCCCAUCUGAAGUGAUCAUCCUUAACUCCAUCGUGCUUCCUCACAAGGACCUCAACCGCAGCUUCAAAAACCAAAUCAUUCUCUAGAUGUUCAGACUUAAAAAGUAAAUCUUAAUUUGAAUCAUGCUCUGGUGACUCAGUAAUGUUCAAUACCAUUCUGCUUUCAGUGGUACACAGAGAGCAGAUGAGCGCAAGUCUUGUUCUCUGCCUUACCGAAAAGUUUAGGAAUCGCCUAUUUGCUGCUGUAAACGCAUCUCUCUGCUCUGGGCUCACAGCGCUAAUGAGCUUAGUCCUGGCUGUUAUCAGCAGAGGGCUUGGCACAAAACAACUAUUUAUUUAUGAAUAAAAAGCAGGGGAAUUUCUAGAUAAGAAAAAAAGACCUGCUACAGUUGUAUUUUUUUCUCUCGUUUCCAUAAUCUCUUAUGCAACAAGAACAGACCCGUUGUGAAUCGAGUCCCAAGAUGACUGUCGGCUCUCUGGAAUAAAGGACGUGCAGAGAA